AUGCGACGGCCUAGGCCUACCGCCGCGAAUGAACUUGACUACCUCGUUCGGUCUCUUGCUUGCGCGACCCGGCUGAAUCGCUCGGGGACACUGGCGGUGCUGCUGACUGCAGCUCUGUUGGUGGGCGUGGCGCGGUUGUUACAGCUCCAACCUCGUCACUGCAGCAGAAGCAGAAGCAGCAGCAGCAGAAGCAGAAGGGUGUCGACGUCUUGGCCGCUGUUUCAAGCCGCCCGUGCCGUCGGGGUCGGCGUAAACUCGACCGCGGCGGGCGCAGAGGUAGCGGGAGAGGUUCCAGUGACGGCGACAGAGACGACGAAUACGGAACAAACUCUACGGCAGUCGAAAGGCAAGAAGGAGUCUACGACCGUAGAGGGCAAGGAAGCCACGGUCAUCAUCACCGAGGCCGGGGGCAGGCCGCACACGGUGGCGAGCAAGGCCAAGAUCUCAGCCGCCAACAAGGGCAAGAAGCCGUGGAACGUCGGGGUGGGGCACUCGGAAGAGACGAGGCGCAAGAUUGCGGAGGGGGCGAGGAACGCGGCGAGGAAGAGGAGACAGAAGACAGCAGAGUCUAUGGGCAUGACCCUGGAGGAGUACGAGGAGAUGAAGCGGCGGAAGCCCGCUGGGAAGCGGGACCCGGCGGUCACCGAGGAGACGAGGAAAAAGAUCAGCGCUCGGCUGAAGGCUAAGUGGCAAGAUCCAAGCUACCGGGAGCGGCGCAAGCAGUGCAUGCCCAACCGCAAGGGCGUCCCGCAUACGGAGGAGACCAAGGCCCGCAUCUCGGCGGCCGUCAAGAACAAAUGGAACGACCCGGUGUACCGAGAAAAGAUUACCAACAUGGAAAGGAGCGAAGAGACACGGGCAAAGAUCGGCCAAAUCAUCCGGGAGCAGUGGGCUAACCCAGUGACUAGAGAGGAGCGCCUGAAGAACAUGGCCCCCCGUACCGAGGAGCACAACCAGAAGAUCGCGGCAUCGGUCAGGUCCAAGUGGUUAGACCCGGAGUAUAAGAAGAGAACCUCAGAGGCGAUGAGGAAGGCGGCCCACGACCGGAUCAUCGCCAGCGGUGGGGUGCCGAAGCCGCCCAGAGUGCGGCGCCCCCGGGUCCCGCGCGCCCCCGGGGAGCCCGGCAGUCGCGCGUCUAGGAUAGAGGGGGUGGGGAUCUCCCGCGAGGCGCAGAGGAAUCUGAACAGAUGGGCGAAGCAGAGAAAGGAUGCUGAGGUGAGAUUGAUGAGACAAGCGAAGAAGGAGGAACGGGAGCGGGAGGCGGCGACCAAGCUGGCCAUCAGGGAGGCCAAGGCGGAGGCCGAGCGGAUUGCGCUCGAGGAGGAAGCGGCUCUGACGGAGGGCCUCGACGACCUGGAGAAGGUCCUGAUGCGGUCUACCAUCCGCGCCAAGAAACAAGAACGACUGGAGAAGGUGGCAAAGGCGGCGGCAAAAGCAAAGGCAGCCGCAGCCGCGAAGGAGGAGCAACCAGCACAGUCAGAAGAGCCAGAGGUGCCGGUCGAAGCUGUGCCUGAUGGUUUCGAGAUGGUGGAGAUUAACGGGCGCAUGGUCUUGAGGAUGAAGUAGACGCAAGCGGUUUUAGAGCUAGUAUUUCCGAGGCGUGGUUUCGUGUGUUUCGGCGCGAUGAGGGGUUGUGCCUGACGGGUCGUGGAAUCCGCGUGUUGUGGUGGGGACUUUUCGCUGGUCUAGCUGAUUGCGUGAUAGACUUUUGAUUGGUUGUCUGAGAUGAAGAGUUUUCGCUGGUCCAGCUGAUUGCGUGACUUUUGAUUGGUUGUCUGACAUGAAGAUAUUUCGCUGGUCUAGCUUUAUUGCGUGAUAGACUUUUGAUUGGGUUUCUGAGAUGAAGAGCAGGGGCGUCAUCCUUCGGCGGCAGUAGCAGCGGCAGCGUUCAAGCGUUUUACAGGAUUGAUCGGUUUCGUGUGUGUUGUGUGUGUGCUCCUUCUGAUCACUGGCAACAGGGUCCCGACUUUGACUGUCGAGGAAAGGGGGGGGUUCCCUCGCACCCGGACGUUUUUUCAGCUUUCGUGUUCGUUUGUUAGUCUUAUUACCUUUGCGAGCUGGUGCUCUCCGCGGGCAUGCCAUGUUAGUUUAGAAAAAACAUUUAAUAUGUGCUGAUCGAGUUGUUUUCCAGCGGGCUUUUGAGUCAAUCCACAACUCGCCCGGGACCCAGGCCUCUCUUGGAGUGACAGGUGAUAGGAUCACAGGUGGUGUGCUAACCCGUCAGAACACAUUUUGUAGACACGCGGCUUGAGAUUGGGAAGAAUACCUCGACACCACCGGUUCCUGGUUUUAUUUUCGGCGUCGUUUUGUUUCGGUCCGGGGGAGAGGAAAGAGCCAGGCGCGCUGACGAGAACGCAGCACACACGCGCCGCGGUCCGCUGAGGACCAGGUGCGAUGGCAGUGCAUCGGCGGUAAAAUCGGUGAGGGAGCUCAGGGACGUUUGAAGGAUCAUUUUUUUGCGGAGAUGGAAGUGGAGGCCGGUGCCGACAGCAGUGGAUAUGUUGUCCGACGAUGCGGGGGGGGGAGUGUAAGGGUGCGUGCGAACAAAAGUGGCUCGCGGGCGA